AUGGGGUUACCUUUAAAUGGAAAUGUUAAUGAAUUAAUUAAUUAUGAAAAUAAUAAUGACGAGGAUGAAUUUGUAUCUUCAAUAGAGACUCAAAAGAAGAAGAAAUGGGCACUUCCGGGUUUGGCAAAAAAUACGGAAAGUAAUUUCCAACAACAAAACAAUUUAAAUAAUCAACAAUUAACAAAUGUAAAACCAAUAUUAAAAAGAGGUACUCAACAACAACAACAAUUAAAUAAUGGAACAGAAUCUCCAAUUUUAAAUAAUAAAAAACAAUUUAGUGAAGAUUUAACACCAAAUAAUUAUCAAAAACAACAAUUUAACGGCAAUAAUUGGUCAUUAGAACGUAGUGAUACCCCACAAUUCCCUCUAGUUUCUGACAGAGAAACACCACUUCCUUAUCACCCACUUUUAUACAAAAGUGAUGAUUCUAGCCAAAAAUUAAUUUUUACAAAAAAUAUUAGUCAAUCUACUAUUCCUGCUAAUAGAAUAGGCAAUUUAACUCCUCAAUCAAUGUACGGACUUGGACAAGGAAAUGGAUUUGGUCGUCGGGCAUCUCUUAAUUCUAUUGGUGGGUAG